CUCAGGAUUACUUUGGUAUUUUGGCGUUAAAAAAACUUGAGAAAUGUAAACAACAUAGCGGCAGGGGCACUGUUUGAAGCUGAAGAAAGGACAGACAAUUUAUGAAUUGUAGACAAGAACUGUAUUAUUCGAGAAUAACAGUAUUUGAAAUGUCAUACGGAGUAAUUGGCCCCAGCUCCAGCUCCGGUUCAAAACAAAAAGAAUCUGGUGCCCAGCUCCUUGCUCGACUCAGUCCACGGCCGUGUCUGACCGCAGUUGACCCCCUCAUUUUUGGCACAUUGUCGCAACCCAAGACAUCAACAGGAGUGACCAGGAAGGUGAUUGAGCUGUAUGGGAGCGAAGGUGUCGGCAAGUCCCAACUGGCGCUGCAUCUGGCCGCCCGCACGUGUUUGCCGCCUCAGGUCAAAGGAUUAUCACUUGGGGGUCUAGGAGCAAAAGUAGUUUUCAUUGACACAGAUUUUAAAUUUUCAGCCUUUCAGCUUGCAGUCUUUUUAGAAAGACUGGUUUUGUCUGCUGUAGAGAGUCAGUCACAGUCACCAGAUGUUGGUGAAUUAAAGAAAAAUGCUGAGUCAGUAGAACAUCAAGGCACUCCCUGUAAGAAAAUGAAAUUAGAUCUGGAUUGUCUAAAUGAAAAUGUAGAGGGAAACAAGGACUGUAAUGUGAAAGAGAAAUGUGACAAAAAUGUGGAAUCUCAUCAAAGCACAGUGAAAUCAAACAGUACAGACCCCAAACUUGCACUUUUGUCAGGCAACUGUUCAAGUCUUUCUGACAAAACUCAAAAAGAGGAUAUUAAACCCAGCAACAGUUAUGAUGACAGAACCUUGGAGACAGAUUUUAAUGUUUCAAAUCCAGAAAAAGGGCUAUAUCCACAAUCUGAGAGUGUGGUGGCAAAGACAAAGGACACUUGGAAUCAGAAAACACAGGCUGGAAAUUCUGACGAAGCUGUGAACAGUAGAGUGGUCAGCCUCUCCACAAAAGAGGUUGACCACUUGGUCCAGCAAAGCUUGAGCAAUGUUCAGGUGUUACGUGUGUCCAGCUCCCAGCAGUUGCUGGUCACUCUUCACUCACUGCAGGACCUGCUGCUCUCAGACACUGAUGUCUCUCUCGUGAUCAUCGACUCAAUCUCGGCGUUCUAUUGGCAUGACAAAUCCUCAGAGCCAGCCAACAUGAGUUGCACUGAGCAGAAAAUGAAACCAGUGGUCGAAGUUAUCUCCAAACUGUCCUCAGAGUUCUAUGUGACAUUUCUCGUGACAAAGUCAGCGCUGAUAGGGAGUAAAAGAAAGCGAGCAGAAGACGAUUUUUAUCAAGGAAAUAAUAAUAUGAAGGGAACUUCUGCAGAUAAGACACAACAUGGGUCAUAUUUGACUGAGCCCCAGUGUGAGCAUGUCGAAUUUUUAGGCAAGUCGUGGCUCGAACUGCAGCCCAAAAGAAUAGUUCUCUCUCGCAGGCUCAACCAUCAAAGACAGACGGAGUUUGUGGCUUCCUCACCAUUAUGGUCUAGUGACAGGACAUUUGCCAUUAUUAACGACCAUCUCAGGUUUUUGUGACCCCAUUACCAUUAUGUGUCUUUCUGUUGAGCCAAGUUUUGUGUUUGUGUUAAGAGAUUUGAUCUUUUCAAUUUCAUUUCGGACCUGAUGGUUCUUAUUUAUAUCAGUAUUUAUUAUAAUAUUUUGACUCUUAGUAGGGCCUACAGAUCUUGACUUUCAUUGGAAACCUAAACUGUUUGACAGUAAUGAUGGUGACUGAUUCAAAAGCACAAAUUCAGACAAAAUUUUAAUAGUAGAGAGAGGAUUGAUCAAUUAAACUGUAAUCAUCUAUUAUUUCUAUACUUGUACAGGCCUACUGCUCAGAAAAGAACGUGCAUUUGCUUGUUUCUUAAGCUUGCAACCAGCAGCAAAAUGAUGGCCAAUCUCAUUUAAAUUUAUUGUCUGCGCAUAUGUGAUGAAAUGUUUGUGAGCAGUGUAAGUGAACUUUUUUUCCUCUUUGUUACUUUCAAAUAUAAAAUGCUUUUAACUCAAACUCAAUUGUACAUGGUAAAUACUUUUGAAAGUUUUAUUCUAUCACUGUCAUUAAUUUGUUUGACAAAAAAGAUAUAUAUGUUGUUGUGAAGUACUGUGAUCUUCAUCAGUAUUUAUCAUCAUCAUCGUCAUCAUCAGUAUUUAUCGUCAUAUCAUCAUCUUUAUUGUUGGAGCGUGAUAAAGAUUUUUAAAAAUAUU